AUGAUGUUCGUUGUACGACGGACGAGAGUUCAGCACGCUUUGACGGGAAUCGAGGCAGAUGGCCUCGGAAACAGCGUCAACAUGCAAGUUCCAGUUGGGCCAAUCGACAGUCGGUCGACAGGACUCGGCCAUCGUCUUCUGGUGGCAAUCUCUUCAGCGCACGCUUUCACUCGAAAUGGAAUUAAGCUCCACAAUCACCAUUUACAACCAAUCAGACUACUCAUUUCGCAUGUGAGUAGGUUGGGAUGCAUGAAACUGAGCGCGGCUGACCCGGCGUCAGAGCGAGAGGCUGUCAGUCGUCGAGGCGACGAGCAUCACAAGUUUCCGAGGCCGGAGGCUGGCUCGGACUUCACACAAAUUGUUCCAAAUCAGCAUUUUAGUGCACUUUUCAAGAUCGCAAUCCCAACUCACUGCUUUAAAUCUAAUUCAAAUUUGCUGUUACAAAUCGUCUUUCCAAUUCACUUUUCCAAUUAUCCAUUACCUCUCUUAUCUGCUUCGAGCCUUCACUUUUAUGCUCUCGUAGGCUUUUUGAAUGUGCCGAAUGAAGGAAUGAAUGAAUGA